AUGAUAAACGGAACACAGCCGUACGCAGCUACGUGGUGCCCUGUCUGCGACAAACGUGUAAGCAGCAAAGGAAAAGACACAAACGGACUCCUUGCGCAUAUUCGUAAAUCUCAUCCCAAACAUUCUAGCUAUUAUUUGUCACAGGAAGAAAAGGAGACAAAGGCAACCCCUGUGACAACUGAUCCAAAUUGUACCUAUAACACGGAUUGCAAUACUAGAAAAACCGAGCCGAAGAAAAUCUAUGCCACUCGUGUAGACACAUGGAAAUCACACAACGAGAAGAAGACCUGUCCACGAUGUCGGAAAGAAGCGGUACCAACGCUUCAUGCUAGGGGUGACAAGUUGACGACCUCGCAUGUUGGAGCCCUCUGUCUUCUAGGAUGUUGGCCACUAUGCUUCGUACCACUGAUAAUGAAACGCGCGAGGAAGGUCCGUAUGAUCUGCCCCCUGUGUGGCUACAUGUAUGGCAGCUUCCAAUACAAGAACACUGGAUUAACCCCGUGUAAGACCGACUCCGAGGAUUCGCAAGCACGGCUUUCAUCUCCACCGAGAAGUUUUCGUUUACGUGCAACGAGAAAUGAACAUAAGAACUUACGAUAA